CCGAGUUGGGGACCCCGGGCUGAGCGCCGAGCUCCCGCCGUCUGUCCAUCGGCGCCGCUCCCCGGAGGGACAGGUUCUGCGCCGAUCUGUAACCCGGAGAGUGGGGUGAACCUUGGAGGAGGGUCGACCAUGGGGCUUUGCAAGUGCCCCAAGAGGAAAGUGACCAACCUGUUCUGCUUCGAACACCGGGUCAAUGUCUGCGAGCACUGCCUGGUAGCCAAUCACGCCAAGUGCAUCGUCCAGUCCUACCUGCAGUGGCUUCAAGACAGUGACUACAACCCAAAUUGCCGCCUGUGUAACGCACCCCUGACCAGCCGGGAGACCACUCGCCUCAUCUGUUAUGAUCUCUUCCAUUGGGCCUGCCUCAACGCACAUGCUGCCCAACUCCCUGAAAACACAGCUCCUGCCGGCUACCAGUGCCCCAACUGCAACGGCCCCCUCUUUCCACCAACCAACCUCGCUGGCCCCGUGGCCUCUGCACUGAGAGACAAAUUGGCUACGGUGAACUGGGCCCGGGCAGGACUGGGCCUGCCUCUGAUUGAAGAGUCGGGGAUCCCGGAGCCCGAGGCCCUUAAUACUUCUGGCUUCUCAGACUGGGCCAGCUUUAACACCAGCGGCAGCCCUGACCAAGAGGAGGAGGCCGGUGUUUCAGCAGCCGCUGCCUUUUACAACCAAGCCCCGAGGCCCCCCACGACCUCCAGCCGGCCUGAGCAGCACACAGUGAUCCACAUGGGCAACCCCGAGGCUGCGGCCCAUGCACCAGCUCCGAGGAAAGUGUAUGACACGAGGGACAACGACCGGUUGGUGCUGGGCGGCCAGGCCGACUGUGAUGACGACAAGUACCGCCGCCGGCCUGCCCUAGGCUGGUUGGCCCAGCUGCUCCGGAGUCGGGCUGGGCCCCGGAAGCGGCCGCUGACACUGUUGCAGCGGGCGGGGCUGCUGCUUCUUCUGGGCCUGCUCGGCUUUCUGGCCCUGCUCGCCCUGCUGGCCCGCCUGGGCCGAGCGGCAGCCGACAGCGACCCCAACCUGGACCCACUCCUGAACCCCCACAUCCGCGUGGGCCCCUCCUGAGCCCCACACCUGGCUGCGCCUGCUAAAGACUAGUCCGGAUGUCCUGGGGUGCUGUCGCCCUAGCCUGUGACACUAACUGCCCCGACCAGGGUUCCCUCUACUCCAGCCUGGUUCUGCCCCGGGCCCAGCCUCUCAUCCACUCCCACUGAGCCCCAACACAUGGGAAUAAAAAAAAAAAAGGACUUUAUUUAAUCGC